CAGCACACUGCUAUUUCGUCCAUGGUUGCAGCUAUGCCGCUCUCCUCUUCCACCGCCGCUGCAGCCGAGGGCUCCGCCUCCUCCAUCGCCGCCGGCGCCGCGAGCGGCUACCACUUGCUCAGGAUCGAGGGCUACUCGCGCACCAGGUCCACCAUCCCCAACGGCGACCACGUCGAGUCCCACCCCUUCCGCGCCGCUGGCCACACUUGGGCCAUCCUGUACUUCCCCAACGGCGACGACCCGGACACCGCCGGCUACAUCUCCGUCUACCUACUCCUCAAGGAAGCCGUUGCCAGCCACUUGAUGGUGCAGGCGGUCUUCAGCUUCGCCGACGAGGUGGAG